ACCCGGCGGCGCGGCCACUGAGGCGGCCAUGGUGCAGCUCUACAACCUGCACCCUUUCGGGUCGCAGCAGGUGGUGCCCUGCAAGCAGGAGCCGGCGCACUUUUGCUGUGGCCAGGACGAACUCUUUGUGGCCUGUGCGGCGGCCAGCUGCGGGGUGGAGGUGUUCGCCGUGCGCGAGCAGGGCCGCUGCGAGCCUCUGGGCUCCUUCGCCACGCUGGGAGCCGUGCUGCGCAUGGCGCACAGCCGCGCAGGAGACUAUGUGGUAACAAUUGAAGAGAAAAACAAAGCAACUUUCUUAAGAGCAUACACGAACUGGAGAUGCAUGUCAUCUGGGAGCCCUCGCGUGUGCGUCCGCAUGGUGGGUCACAAGAUGGAAGAGUCAUACACUGAGGCCUUGAAAGAACAGAUGUCAAUUGUGGAAAUGCCACUUUCAGAUCCUCCACUGUGCGUUUCGUGUUGUCCUGUGAAUGGAAAUCUUCUUGUGGGCUGCAAAAAUAAACUGGUUAUGUUCAGUUUGAAAUACCUGGUCAUAAACCCAAACUUCACUGUUUUGGAUUUUGAACGCUCCUUAAUUUUACACAUUGAUAAUGUAAUUCCAGCUGAAGUUGCAUUUUGUAGCAGAUAUAUAGCCGUAACAACGGAGCUGGAUGUCCUGAUGCUGAAACUGGAACUGGCCCAGCAAGAUACGGACAGCAUGGGGCAACGUGCAUGUGAUGCUAAUACACUGCAGGCACCUGUGGACAGAGGUAUGAAAGAUGAUGGCCCUUCAGAGCAUACUGUGCAGCUUGAGACAGAUGAAUUUGUCAUCUGUCAGAAGCCAGUGGAACUGCUUGGGGAAGAAAGUAAGUCAUGUGAGAUACCCAUYGUGCUGGAAUCAACAGGAUUAGCUACAGAAGGUACAGAGUACUUCCAAGUGCGGUAUCUGCUUUUCAGACGGUUUACACCUGACCAGUCGCCUUUUGGCUUUUGUGAAGACACAAAGUUGCACUCUCUUCAGCUGCUUCCUAUGUACCAGACAGGUAGUUCUGUGAAAGCCCAUGGAGAAACUGAGAACGAGAGAGAGCUAUUGAGUCUCUUUUGCUUUUUCUCUUUACCUCAUGUUGGAUACCUCUACUCUGUUGGGAAGUUAGUAGAACUGAUCUCUACUUACUACUAUUCAGAAAAGUCAGAGCAGGCAGUGCUCACUCCACAAUUCCUGCAUGUCAUUACAAGUGAGAACUUACAGUGUUUCACAGUGCGAUGCAGUGCAGCAGCAGCUCGUGAUGAGGAUCCGUACAUUGAUACGACUGUGAAGGCUUGUCCACCUGUGUCACUAGAUGUCUGCACAUUAAGAAUGCAGCUUUUUAUAGGACCAAGAGCUAUCUGUCAUUUCAAAAACCAUGUAAUACUUCUGAUUAAGGCCGACACAGAAGAUAUUACUGAAAGAAGAAAACCUACAAGGAGGAUGCUUUCCAGAAAGACUGGCGGCAUCAAAUCCAGAAAAAAUCCUGAUUCAGAAUCUGGCUGGAAUUUAUAUAUUGUAAACACUGUUUCGACUGUCCAGCUUUAUAGAGAAAUGGUGGAUUAUAGUAGAACAUAUGAAAAUGUAAAAACUGAGAGUUGCAUCCAUCUUUUAAGUGAAGCUCACUUAUUAGUCAGAGCAGCUAUAAUGGACCCCGGUUUCUUUAAAGCAGAUGAUAAAGAAGAACUUCUAACAGCAUUUAGAGAAAGCUGUGCUUUUCUAGGAGACUGCUACAGCAGGUUUGACACAAAGGAUUACCACCUUGCUUUGCCUUACUACAGAAUGUCUGGUUUAUCCAUGAUGGAAGUUUUAGAGAGAGUAGUUUCACAAGGUGAUGAAAAACAGAAAUAUGAAAGAGGAUUUAUAUUUUACUUAACUCACUCUCUUAAUGAAGAUUUAAAUGAAGAAUUAAGUCAGGAAUUGACAACUAAAAUUAUUCAAAUAUUCUAUCUUACUGAACCUGUCCAGCUGCCACAUAUCAUCUGCACUCCCUGCAUGAGAAAUGUCUGCCCUUCAACAGCCAUGAGUUAUCUUCAGAAGACAGAAAAGAUCGUGCCAUCAGUGGUCCUAACACUUACCAAGGCUUUCAUGGCUCUGAAAAUGGGAGAUCUGAUGAUGUAUAAGCGUGAGAUGGGCUCCUAUAAGGAAACGGUACUGGCCUUUGGCUUCAUUGGGCAGCCAAAGCUCUUGAGACAGCACAAGGAAGGAAUUGUUAUUCCGACUGAAUUUGCUGUUCAUCUGAAGAAGACACAGCCUGGGUUACUGGUGGCUGCCAUUGUGGCUUUAUAUGAGAACAGUAAAAUGGAACUGGAAGAAGCAGAUACCUUUUUCAAGACAUUGUGCGGUAGCAGUGAAAACACUGUCCCUCAGCUCUUAGUGGAUUUUUGGGAAGCUCUUCUUGUAGUAUGCACUCAGGAAGAAGCGCUUCAGAAACUCUUACUAAGGUUAAUUUGUCAGUAUGUUUGCAGAAUAUCAAAGAGGGAAUUUCCUGAGACCAAACCACUGAAAACAACAGAGGAUCUUAUAAAUUCCUGUAAUCAUUUCGGGUUGAUUUUCCCCUGGGUAAUUUCCAUAAUGGCAGUGGGAUCCCCAUCUGAUCAAGAUUAUCCUGAAGAUAUUUCAAAACUACAGUCUAUUUUAUGUAGUCAAUCAAUCAAUGUAGCUUCAGCUCUGCCUUUCUUGGAGCCUCUGUCAGAGGAUGGCAAUGUUGGCCUCACCAUCCGUGUUCUCUGCAGUACACGUCUAGGAAAGUAUGAGGAUUCCCUCGACCUGCUUUUGAACAAAUGUCCUGAUGCAGUUGUUCUGUAUGCUCAACAUGAACUGAAAGAUGACAGUCUGGCUCUGUGGUGGAACAAGCUGCUUCCUGAACUUUACAAGAGAACCAGACUUACUGGAAAUUACUGUCCUGUUCAUAUUUCCUCACUUAAAGAAGCUUUAUCAGUUGUUACUAUGGAACUGGAACUAAGGGAUUUCCUCAAUGUUAUACCAGAGGAUGGAACUGCAGCGUUUUUCCUGCCACAUCUUAUUCACUGCAGCCAAAGGAAACCAUUGACCUAAAGCUGGUGAAAAAUCUACUAUGCACUCAAAUACCAAGAAUGCACUGGAAUAAAAAAGGAAAUGGAACAGCAGAACUACACAGAAAGCUUUGUGGGACUCACUCUACACAUUAGCCACUCUAUGGCCAUGUUGAAAUCUUAUUAAUGGAAUGACAACUACCGUCUCAUGCUAAAGCUAAGCAUCUCUUUUGAUAGAAAAAAAAAUACUAUUGUACACUGAUAGAACUUGGCUAUCCCAAGGAAUUCCUGUCAGGUAAAACUUUAUGGUGGUUGGUCAGGUGAAAAGCACAACUGUUCAGCUAUCAGAUGUAGGUCACUUAUCUCCUAAAUGAAGCUAAACUUAUGGCCAAAGUGCUUAAAAACUACUGACUGUACAAUACCAUGACACAUUUAAUGUAUGCUAGAAGUAAAGCAUUUAAUGUAUGCUAGAAGUAAAGCAUGUGUCACUCUUAAUUCCCUGCUAGUUAGCUGGAUCAUCAUCAAGGGGGAAUGUCUCUAAUUGGUGAGUAAAUAUGCUUGACUUGCAUCUGAAACUAGGCCCUUUUCU